AUGGGCCAAAAGAAGAUUGAAUGCUAUAUUGACUGCGGGGGUAUAAACGUUGGUAGUGGAAACAAGCCGCCGUGGACGCUCCCAGCCAAAGCAGCCUAUGCAAAGUACGAUGGGCCUAGGGCUCAGAAGUACUUUGGAAAGAGCUUCAAGAUUCCGUCCUUCUUUCCGAUUCUCUCACUUUUGCCCCAACGUUGUCUCGUCUUUGCAAAAAAGCAAUAUCCGAAGAAAUACGAAGAUUUCUUCGAAUCAUGCUUCGAGACUAUGUGGAAUGGACAGCUUGAUAUCUCAAAGCCUGAGAAUCUCUUGAUUGCGGCCCGUAAAGUAUUUGAUGAGGCCGAAGCAGAAGAGGUCCUAGAAGGCGGAAACGACCCAGAAAUAAAGAAAGUCCUUACGGACAAUACCGAACACGCAGUAAAAGACCUUGGUGCAUACGGCUGUCCGUGGUUCUGGGUGCAUGACGGUAAAGGAAAUGCGGAGCCAUUCUUUGGAAGUGACCGGUUUCAUUUUAUGUGGGACUAUCUUGAUAUUCCUCAUCAGGAUCUGAAACUUAUGCCGCCUGUUGCAAAACUAUAA